GCCAAACUCCCAUAGACUUAGCAUGUCAUAAGGAUGUGAAGGAAGCCCUGCUGGCGUAUAGGGACAAUCCUGAAAAGGUGACGGAGGAGAUGAAGAAGAAGCACGAUUCGAAGGAGGCAGAGGCAGCCAACCUGCUGAGGGAAAACGAAAAGAUCAAGAAGGACCUUCAGGAAAAGGAAAACAAAAUCAAAUUACUGCAGGACAAACUUGAGGAGCAGCAGGAGAUGAAGAAGAAGUAUGACUCGAAGGAGGCGGAGGCAGCCAACCUGCAGAAGGAAAACGGAGAGCUCAAGAAGGACCUGCAGGAAAAGGAAAAAGAAAUCAAAUUAAUGCAGGACAAACUCGAGGAACAGGAAGAGUUGAAGAUGUAUGACUCGAAGGUGGCAGAGGUAACCACCCUGCAGAAGGAAAUGGGAGAGUUGAAGAAGGACCUUCAGGAAAAGGAAAAGGAAAUCAAAAUAAUGCAGGACCAGGUGAAGCAAGUGCAAUUGCAUCAGCGAAGGUGUGAGAGUGAGGCGAGGGACCAUGAAGCCGAGAAGGAAGGCCUCAAAGAGCAAAUCGCAAAUCUUCAGGAAUACAAUGCAAUUUUACAAUCUCGUCUGGAAGAAGAAGGGCGCAAGAAUCUAGCACUGACGAGGCAGAUCCGAGAGAAGGAGAGCGAGCUCACACGAGCAGAGACAGAGCACAAUGAAAGAGUGAAAAGUCUCAAAAGAAGGGAAAAGAGGAAAGAGGAAGAGGCAGACGAAGAGAAGGGCGAGCUUGAGAGCGAGCUCAGGCGACGAGACAAGAGGAUCGAGGCCCUCAAGAAGCAGCUCAGAGAUCAAGAAGAGGAAAGAGAAAUGGACUCGCAACUCGAAGAGGAAGACAGCGUGUUAAAGCGAAUGAUUAGGCAGUUCAGAGAACAAGAACGAAAAAAAGCAAAAACUUCAAUCCUCGGCCUCAGGCAGGAGGAGCAGGACCUGGGGAGCAGCUGACAGCGACGAGACUCCGCCAGCAGCUGCCACGGACGGGGCUAGGGGAGCGGCGGGCGGAAGAGACAAGCCUCAGCAAGCAGCUGGCAGCAAGAGGCAAGGCUAGGAAAGCACCAGAAAACGACGAACCUGUGCAAGCCGCAGGCAAGAGGAAAGGGGCAGGGGAGAAGGCAGACAGGAGGGGAAAGUCUAAGGGGCUAGCCGACAGAGACGAGUCGUCACAAGAAGACGACAGGGCCGAGUCGUCACAAGAAGAGAGCGACGAAUCGUCACAAGAGGACGACAGCGACGAGUCAGAGUGAUUUCAUCCAACUUUGUAAAGAUCGUGUGGAAAAUAACGAAUAAAUAUGUAGAGUAUA